GUCCCAACCCCAACCUGCCACUCUAUAAAACCUUUUCCUCCCAACCGACACCCCUUCACACAACUCUUUUCAGUUUCACAAAAACUAUACAUAUCACUAUCUUCUCUUCUUCACCUAUCUAUCUAUCUAUGCCUCCAAACUCUUUCUCUCUCUCCAAAAUCUCUUCCUCCACCAUGCAACCUCUCACCAACUUUUUCCAAGAUUACACCUUCCUCCUUUUCACCUCCUUCUUCCUCCUUCUCCUCCCCUUCCUCCAAUGGUGGUACCACCAUAACGACAAAAAGCUUCCCCCUGGCUCCAUGGGUUGGCCCUACCUCGGAGAAACCCUCAAACUCUACACUCAAAACCCAAAUUCCUUCUUCUCUAACCGCCAAAAUAGGUAUGGUGAUAUAUUCAAGACAAACAUAUUAGGAUGUCCAUGUGUGAUGAUAUCGAGCCCUGAGGCAGCUAGGACAGUCCUUGUGACUCAGGCACAUCUCUUCAAACCAACAUACCCUCCCAGCAAAGAGAAGCUCAUAGGACCAGAGGCUGUCUUCUUUCAGCAAGGUGCCUAUCAUUCCAUGCUCAAGAAGCUCGUUCAGGCCUCCUUUCUGCCCUCCACAAUCAAACACUCUGUCUCUCAUGUCGAGCAAAUUGUUAUCAAAAUGGUUCCUUCUUGGACUAACAAAACUAUCAACACCUUGCAAGAGAUGAAAAAGUAUGCUUUUGAAGUAGCAGCAAUCUCAGCCUUCGGUGAGAUAAAGGAGUUGGAAAUGGAAGAAAUCAGAGAGUUAUAUCGUUGCUUGGAGAAAGGCUACAAUUCUUAUCCAUUACAUCUUCCUGGAACUUCCUAUUGGAAAGCAAUGAAGGCAAGGAAGCAUUUGAAUGAGAGCAUAAGAAGAAUAAUUGAGAGAAGAAAAGUGGAGAGUUCAAAGUAUGGAGGAGGACUAUUGGGAGUUUUAUUGCAAGCAAGAUCUUCACCAUCGAGAUCAAGAUCAACAUCUUCAAGAUCUUCAUCAUGUGGUGAGGAGAAGAAGGUGUUCAUGGAACUGAGUGAUUCUCAAGUAGCAGAUAAUCUGAUUGGUGUGCUAUUUGCUGCACAUGACACCACAGCAAGUGCCCUAACAUGGGUCCUCAAGUACCUUCAUGACAACUCCAAUCUGUUGGAAGCUGUGACGAGAGAACAAGAAGGAAUAAGAAGCAAACUAGCUAUGGAAAAUCGUGGACUUUCGUGGGAUGAUACCAGGCAAAUGCCAUUCACAAAUCGGGUGAUUCAAGAAACAUUGAGAAGUGCAAGCAUUUUGUCAUUCACAUUCAGAGAAGCAGUGACAGAUGUGGAGUUGGAAGGUUACACAAUUCCGAAAGGUUGGAAGGUCCUUCCACUCUUCAGAAGCAUUCAUCAUUCUGCUCACUUCUUCCCUCACCCAGAGAAGUUCGACCCUUCAAGAUUCGAGGUACCACCGAGACCAAACACAUACAUGCCUUUUGGAAAUGGUGUCCAUUCUUGUCCAGGCAGUGAGCUGGCCAAGCUAGAACUUCUUGUCCUUCUCCAUCAUCUCACACUUUCUUACAGGUGGGAAGUUGUGGGGAAAGAGGAUGGAAUACAAUACGGUCCAUUUCCUGUGCCAAAACAUGGAUUACCGGUGAAGAUAAUACCAAGGAGAAAGAUAUUUACGUGAAGUUGCAAACUUAGACUUAUGGAGAAUCAUCAAUUCACAACAUGUUAAGAAAGUGGGGCCAAAGCAAUUUGUCCCCAGUCAAAAUAAUGAAUAUUUAUUUUUUAUUUUUUAUUUUA